AUGCUGUCUUCCUACCCUACAAUGGAGACUUUAAACAACAUGACAUCUCCAUUUACAACUUUCCACCUCACUGGCAUCCCGGGACUUGAAGCAGCUAAUAUCUGGAUCUCCAUCCCUUUCUGCUGUCUCUAUGCUCUUGCUCUUUCAGGAAAUAGCAUGAUCCUAUUUGUCAUCAUCACAGAGCAGAGUCUACAUGAACCCAUGUACUAUUUCCUUUCUAUGCUGUCUGCUACUGACUUGGGCUUGAUUGUUUCCACAAUGUCAACAACAUUGCUUGUCUUUUGGUUUGACUUGAGAGAAAUCAGCUUAGAUGGUUGCAUUGUCCAAAUGUUCUUUCUACAUGGAUUUACAGCCAUAGAAACUGGUGUCUUGGUGGCAAUGGCUUUUGAUCGUUUUGUGGCUAUCUGUGAUCCUCUGAGAUACACCACCAUUCUCACUAAUGCCAGAAUCCUGCAGAUUGUUCUGGUGAUACUCAUACGCAUGACAGUGCUGUUGGUACCCACGCUUUUGUUGCUGAAACGCCUGUCAUUCUGUAAAAUGAAUGUACUUUCCCAUUCCUUCUGUUACCACCCUGAUGUGCUCAAAUUGUCAUGUUCAGAUACCAGACCUAAUAGCUUCUGGGGUUUAACUAGUCUCAUUUUGACUUCAGGGAUAGAUACACCAUGUAUUAUCAUCUCCUACAUCAUGAUCAUCCGUUCUGUCCUCAGUAUUGCAUCACCCACAGAGCAGCACAAGGCCUUUAGCACUUGUUUGUCCCAUAUUGGAGCUGUUGCUGUAUUCUACAUCCCCCUGAUUUCCCUGUCCCUGUUGCAUCGCUUUGGCCAGUCAGCUCCUAAAAUUGUACAAACAAUGACGUCCACUAUGUGCUUAAUCCUUCCACCUGUGCUCAACCCAGUCAUCUACAGUCUGAAAACUGCACAGCUUCGUGAGGCCUUACUCAAAUUGCUCUUUGCAAAGAAGUUUUUUAUGUCAAGUUGA